CACUAUGGCCCGGCUUGCCUCAGCCCCUCCGGAAAGCUGCCGGUGCUGCACAUCUUCGGGCGGCAGCCCCUGGACACCGGGCGCUGUGCAGCGGCCUUCCGGGAGCUCUACCCCGACCGACGGAGCCGUGUGGUGGUGCUGAGCGAUGUGGGCUAUGCCCACGCCAUGGGUGAGCUGGAGCAGCAGUUGUGCCCUGAGUACCCCCAUGUUGUUUUCUCCAGGGUGGUGUGUGGGGACCCUCCUGGCCCUGCACCACCCGGAGAGGUGCGGCAGUUUGGUCGCCAGUUCCCAGUGGAGACGCUGGGAGGGCUGCAGGACUGCGCCAUGUUCUACGUGGGAGCCGAGGGCCUGGCCCUCACCAGCUUCAUGCUGACUUGGAACUGCUGCCCUUUCAGCUCCUUUGACCCUGCCACCGGCUGCGGUCGCCGUGAGACCCUCAACGUCAACCGGGCCCUAAUGCGACGCCUCUACCUGGUGGAGCGGGCCCGGGACGCCCGGGUGGUGGGCAUUCUGGUGGGCACCCUCGGCGUGGUGGGCUACUUGGCUGUGCUGCAGCACCUCCGGGAGCUUCUGCACCGGCUUCUGCACCGGGCCGGCAAGCGCAGCUACACGCUGGCCGUGGGGAAGCCGAACCCUGCCAAGCUGGCCAACUUCCUGGAGGUGGACAUCUUCGUCCUGGUGGCCUGCGCUCAGAACUCCCUGCUGGACUCCAGCGACUUCUACCGGCCCAUCGUGUCCCCCUCUGAGCUGGAGCUGGCCUGUAACCCGGCCCGUGAAUGGACAGGGAACUAUCUCACUGAUUUCCGAGACCUGCUGCCAGGUGCCUGUGCACACAUUGAGCUCCCGCCGGCUGUCCCUGCAGCGGAGGCCAUUCCUGACAUCUCGCUGAUCACAGGGGAGAUGCGUGCUGCCCACCUCUGCGACCCCCCGGCCCCCCAGCUGCCCCCCAGCACUGCCCUGGCCUGCAGGGACCAGACACGGGCCCUCGCAGAGAUCAGCCCUGCUGCCUCCUUCCUGGAGUCCCGCAGCUGGCGGGGCCUGGAGCAGCAGCUGGGGCAG